AAACUUAUUUUUUAUCUUUUUUUUUUAUAGUAAAUUUAACUUUAAAAAAAUGAUAAAGGAGCAUAUUGAUUGAUUUUUUUGUUGAAUAAGAGAGAAAGAGAUCCUCGUCCCCCAUCCUUCUGUUAUAAGCUUCUCCCUUACAAACUUCACUUGCUCUUCGACCGAUAGAGUGAAAGAGAGACGACGACGAUCUUCGCAAUUCAAUCCAAACAUUGCAGAUCCACCAACAAUGGCGCAACCUCUGAUUAAGAAAGACGACGAUCGCGAUGACGAAUCUGAGUAUUCUCCAUUUCUGGGAAUCGAGAAGGGAGCUGUGCUUCAGGAAGCUAGGGUUUUCAACGAUCCUCAGCUUGAUCCUAGAAGAUGUUCUCAGGUUAUUACAAAACUUCUUUACUUGCUAAACCAAGGAGAGUCAUUUACAAAGGUUGAAGCAACAGAAGUGUUCUUUUCUGUUACCAAAUUGUUCCAAUCGAAAGAUAACGGGUUAAGAAGAAUGGUCUAUUUGAUGAUAAAGGAACUCUCGCCUUCUGCUGAUGAGGUUAUUAUUGUUACAAGUUCCUUAAUGAAGGACAUGAACAGCAAAACUGAUAUGUACCGGGCAAAUGCCAUUCGUGUGCUUUGCCGAAUCACUGAUGGAACACUCCUCACUCAGAUUGAACGGUAUUUGAAACAAGCUAUUGUUGAUAAGAACCCUGUUGUUGCCAGUGCUGCACUAGUCAGUGGUAUUCACUUGCUCCAGACCAACCCUGAGAUAGUGAAACGGUGGAGUAACGAGGUGCAAGAGGCUGUUCAGUCACGUGCUGCUCUGGUGCAAUUUCACGCUCUAGCUCUGCUUCACCAGAUCAGGCAAAAUGACCGUUUGGCUGUGAGCAAACUUGUUUCAAACUUGACUAGAGGAACAGUGCGCUCUCCAUUGGCACAGUGUCUCUUAAUUCGAUUUAUUAGUCAGGUUAUCCAAGAGUCUGGAGCUACUCAAACAGGUGAUCGACCAUUUUAUGACUAUCUUGAAGCUUGCCUUCGUCACAAGGCAGAAAUGGUUAUUUUUGAAGCUGCAAGAGCAAUAACCGAGCUAAGUGGUGUUACAAGCCGGGAGUUGACUCCAGCAAUCACUGUCCUUCAGCUGUUUCUCAGCUCUUCAAAGCCCGUCCUUCGUUUUGCAGCUGUUCGUACUUUGAACAAGGUUGCUAUGAUGCAUCCCAUGGCAGUGACGAACUGCAACAUUGAUAUGGAAAGCCUUAUCUCUGAUCAGAAUAGAAGCAUUGCCACUCUUGCCAUUACAACUCUUCUAAAGACUGGUAAUGAAUCGAGUGUAGACCGCCUCAUGAAACAAAUUACAAACUUCAUGUCAGACAUUGCCGAUGAGUUCAAGAUUGUUGUUGUUGAAGCCAUAAGAUCUCUUUGUCUGAAGUUCCCUCUGAAAUUUAGAUCUCUGAUGAAUUUCUUGAGCAAUAUUCUCCGAGAAGAAGGUGGUUUUGAUUAUAAGAAGGCAAUUGUUGACUCUAUUGUCAUUCUUAUUAGAGAUAUCCCAGAUGCAAAAGAAAGUGGGCUUCUGCACCUUUGUGAAUUCAUUGAGGACUGUGAAUUUACAUAUCUUUCCACUCAGAUUCUGCAUUUCUUGGGUGUUGAGGGGCCAAAGACAUCAGAUCCCAGCAAAUAUAUACGGUACAUCUACAACAGGGUAAUUCUUGAGAACGCCACUGUUAGAGCCAGUGCUGUGAGCACUUUGGCGAAAUUCGGUGCCAUGGUUGAUUCACUGAAGCCCCGCAUCUUCAUUCUGUUGAGACGCUGCCUAUUUGACAGUGAUGAUGAGGUUCGUGAUAGGGCAACACUCUAUCUAAAUACUCUGGGAGGUGAUGGCGCAGUUGUUGAAACUGAUGAAGACUCGAAGGAAUUUCUCUUCGGAUCUCUGGAUGUCCCCCUAUCCAAUCUGGAGACUAGUCUGAAGAACUAUGAGCCCUCUGAAGAACCAUUCGACAUUAACUCUGUUCCCAAGGAGGUCAAGUCUCAGCCGCUUGCUGAGAAGAAAGCAACAAACAAGAAGCACCCUGGGUUGGAUACUCCUCUUGCUGCCCCUUCAACUGGCGUGGAUGCUUAUGAGAAAUUACUUUCCUCUAUUUCAGAAUUCUCGUCCUUUGGCAAGCUCUUUAAGUCUUCAGCGCCUUUUGAGCUUACUGAACCAGAGACAGAAUACGCAGUUAAUGUUGUCAAGCAUGUAUAUGAUGGACACAUUGUGUUCCAGUACAACUGCACCAACACUAUCCCCGAGCAACUACUAGAAGAUGUUACCGUUAUGGUAGAUGCUUCUGAAGCAGAGGAAUUUUCUGAAAUAGCAUCCAAGCCUCUCAGGUCUCUUCCAUAUGACACUCCUGGACAGACAUUUGUGGCGUUUCAGAAGCCUGAAGGAGUGCCUGCUGUGGGCAAAUUUUCAAAUAACUUGAGAUUCAUCGUUAAGGAGGUUGAUCCAUCUACUGGUGAGGUUGUAGAAGAAGAUGGUAUGGAAGAAGACUACCAGCUUGAAGACGUGGAUGUUGUGGCAGCAGAUUACAUGUUGAGAGUUGGUGUUUCUAAUUUCAGAAAUGCUUGGGAAAGCAUCGGCGCCGACUUUGAGAAAGUGGACGAAUAUGGCCUGGGCCCAAGGGAGAGCCUGACAGAAGCAGUAAAUGCUGUUAUCAGCCUUCUUGGCAUGCAACCUUGUGAGGGUACUGAAGUGGUUCCAAACAAUUCAAGGUCGCACACAUGCCUGCUUUCUGGUGUAUUUAUUGGCGGUUUGAAGGUUCUUGUUCGGUUGCAAUUUGGUCUUGAUUCAAGCAGAGAAGUGGCGAUGAAGCUCGCUGUUAGAUCAGAAGAUGAAGCUGUCAGUGACACAAUCCACGAAAUCGUUGCAAGCGGUUAAACCAGUAAAUGUUGAUUUUUUUUAGGUGAAUGUCAUAUCAUAGUGUGUGGGGGCGGGAACGUGAUAUGCUAGUUGUAGAGAUGAGGAUUUUCCCCAUACAAAGCAAGGUUUGCCCGAUUAAAUUCAUUACAGUUUCCUUUUCAGUUCUGCAAAUUCUGUCUAUGACAUAAUUGCUAUAUAGUAGUCAAGGCUGGUUCAUGUCGGUAAUGGGGCUUCACUGGCAGUUACAAAAUGUACCCUUUGCCCUCAAACAAAAUUCUCAAGUUCUUUUUCUUUUUCUUUUCUAAUAUUGUGUAUGAAUUUAUCCAUUUUUUUCCUCAGUAUCAUGAGAUAUAUGUUGUGUAUUCAGUAAAAAUGCUGUACAAUAAGAUGUUAUUGCUACUCUCUUUUUUGAAACAGUUGAGGACUUUUAUAUUACUGGUACUUUAAUAGGCA